UGGCUCUGUCUUAGAUCUCUCUCAUUCUCUCUUCAUCUCAUCUUUGAACCUAAUCAUGGCUUCUGCAAACAGAUGGCUCAGACCUGAGGUGUACCCACUAUUUGCAUCAGUGGGUGUCGCCGUUGGCAUUUGUGCUAUCCAACUUGUGAGGAAUAUCACCACCAACCCUGAAGUCAGGGUAACCAAAGAAAACAGGGCCGCUGGAAUUCUUGAGAACUUUGAAGAAGGUGAAAAAUAUGCAGAACAUGGGCUGAGGAAGUUUGUCCGCAAGAGACCACCUCAGAUUAUGCCAUCUGUUAACAACUUCUUCUCUGACCCAAAUUAAAGCAGUUGCUGAAUUCUUCAUACUUUGAAGGUUGAAAUAAUGUGUUUUGGCUGCCUAUGGAAUUUAUUCAAUUGGAGAGUCGGAUUGUUUUUUCACAUUUUGAAAUACAGACAUAAGACAAUUGUAUUGUUGACUGGCUAAAAGCCAGUUUUUGGGAUAUUAUUCUUGAAUAAUAAAAUAAUCAGAGGAUUUUAAUCUUAA